AUGGUUCCUCUGGUGGACCUCACGAUGCUGUUCAUGGAGUUUGAGCUGAGGUCGAUGGCCGCCCAUCCUCCUCCGGUCCCGCCCACUCUCAGCUCGCUCCUCUCCAGCUUGCUGCCCUGCGGCGUGGCGGUGGGCCCGUCCCGGCUCUGUGAGGGACGCCUGGGCCUGUGGUGGGUGGGCCGCUGCCUGGGGGCCGGGGCCCUGCUGGGCCGGGGGGGGGACUGGACCUGGAAGCAUCACAGCGACCUGGCACUGAGACAGAAAGUCGUAAACAAGGAGGCUCUUCUACAAACAGCUGUUUGGAUCAACUUUGCGUGCCGGGCGCUCAGCCGAGCUCAGCAGAACGUGGCCGUGCAGUGUGUGUGUGGACAGGUGUGUGUCGCCCAGUGUGUGGAUGUGUUUCUGCGUGUUUGUGAGGACGUCCGGCCUGGAACUGAGCUGCUGUUCUAUGACGACAUUGAAGGAAACGGUCGCACAACAGAUCAUGAAAAAGACCCAGAGAGCAAAACGAAGAAGAUCUCAGUCCAUCAAGAAAAGGACGAGAUGGACAAACACAAGGAGAGAAAACAGGAGGAGGAGGAGGAGGAGGGAGGGAACACCAACCCCUGCAUGAAGAAGAGUCCCCCCGUCAGACCGAGGAGGAGGAGGCGGGGGGGGGAGGAGGAGACCCCGUCUGAUGGAGGCCAGCAGGGAGGUGAUGGAGGUGAUGGAGGCGUGAGGACAGCUCCACAGGGUCACUCUGCACCUCCUCCUGUCCGCUGCAGCUCCCGUCUCGCUGCCAAACCACGACGGGUUCACUGUCAGGCCGCUGCCCCCCCCGACCCGCCUGGACACACAGAGGGGAAGGGGCGGAGCUCCGCACAGGGCGCCAGGUGCAUCCCAGAAAAGAUGGUUUCCAUAAAGACGUUACACGCUGAGGCCGAGGCCGCGGUGGAGAUCAGAGAAAGACGCUACAGAUGUUCCAGCUGUGGAAAAACCUUCUAUCAGCUCAGCCACCUGAAGAAACAUCAGUUCAGUCACACAGAGGAGAAGCCCUUCAGCUGCCAGGAGUGUGGGAGGAGCUACACGUCUGCAGAGAGCUUCAGAGCCCAUCAGAUGAGUCACCGGGGGGAGCGUCCCUUCUCCUGUCCUCACUGCCCCAAGACGUACGGGCUGAAGAGGGACCUGAAGGAGCACCUGGUCCUCCACACCGGGGAGAAGCCCUACUCCUGUGAGCACUGUGGCAAAGCGUUCGGCCGCCGGCCCUCGCUCCGCAUCCACCGGCUGCUUCACUGCAGCAGGAAGAUCUACACACAGCCUCCGAAGGUUCAGUGCUCUCUCUGCCCCAAGCUGCUGGCCAACCUCAGCUCCCUGAGGAACCACAUGAAGCUCCACACCGGAGAGAGAGCUCACGUGUGUCAGCACUGUGGGAAGAGCUUCAGCCAGAAAGGAAACCUGGAGUGCCACUUGAGGAUCCACAGCGGAGAGAAGCCGUACCGCUGCUCCCAGUGCAACCAGAGCUUCUCCCAGAACCCGGAGCUGCGCAGGCACAUGACCUGCCACACGGGGGGGGGGGGCUUCCUCUGCAGCUAC